AUGUCGUCCUCAGAAAAGACGCCGCCGGCACCGGCAGACGCCAGCAAAACCGUCGUCCGCGGCGCCUCCCUCCUCAUCAUCCUCCAGAUCGGCUCCCGCGCAGUCACCUUCAUCGCCAACCAGCUGCUCCUGCGCUUCCUGACCGCCCAGCUCCUUGGCGUCUCGACACAGCUGGAGGUCUACUACCUCUCCGUCCUCUUCUUCGCCCGCGAGAGUCUGCGUGUCGCCGUCCAACGCCAGGAAACCCGCCCCGGCUCCAGCAAGCGCGAUGACGACCCGAAGGCCCGCGUCGGCCGUGAAAGCCAGGCCGUCAUCAAUCUAGGCUACCUCGCCGUCCUGCUGGGCUGUCUCGUCACCGUCGGCCUUGGAUGGCUCUACCUCUCGUCCGCCGAUGAGCUGACCCGCAACACUCCCAAUUUCCUGCUCGCCCUCCGCCUCUACGCCGUCGCCGCCGUGCUCGAGCUCCUCUCCGAGCCCUGCUUCGUUCUCAUGCAGACCAGGCUGCAGUUCGGCACACGCGCCACCUCAGAGUCCAUCGCAACCUUCCUGCGGUGCAUCGUCACCUUUGGCACCGCCGCGUGGGCGUCGCGAGCCGGCAUCGAGUUUGGCGUUCUCCCCUUCGCCGCCGGACAGCUGUCCUACGGCGCCAGUCUUCUGCUCGUCUUCCUCUGGUCCGGCGCUCGUCUAUCAAGCACAGACGGCUUCUCCCUCCUCCCAAAGAGCCUGGGCCCCAGUCAAGAAUACGUCGCCUCUUACUUCUACCGGCCAACCGUCAGCCUGGCGUCCAGCAUGAUGGCCCAGAGCAUCGUCAAGCACGUCCUCACCCAGGGCGACACUUUCCUGGUUUCCAUCCUCUCCUCUCCCAAGUCACAAGGCGUGUAUGCCCUGGCCAACAAUUACGGAGGCCUGCUCGCCCGCCUCGUCUUUCAGCCAAUCGAAGAGAGCAGCCGCAGCUACUUUAGCCGCCUCCUGUUGUCGCAAGACACAAAGACCAGCAAGCCCUCCAAGGAGACCGCAAACACGGCCAGCCAACAUCUCCACACCCUGCUCAGAUUCUACGUCCUCCUCUCAGCUGUCAUUGUGAGCAUUGGCCCGGUAGCUGCCCCGCCCCUGCUGUCCCUCGUAGCUGGCAAGCGCUGGGCCAGCGAGGGCGCUGGAGACGUGCUGGCAGUAUACUGCUACUACAUCCCUCUGCUUGCCAUCAACGGCGUGGCCGAAGCAUUCGUGGCAUCGGUGGCGACAGAAGCACAGGUGCACAGGCAGUCAGUCUGGAUGGGCGCCUUUUCUGUAGCCUUUGGCUCCGCGGCCUUCAUCUUCAUGCGCGUCAUGGACCUUGGUGCUUCAGGUCUCGUCUUUGCCAACUGCAUCAACAUGCUUUGUCGCAUCGUUUGGAGCAUCGCAUUCAUCAAAUCGUACUUUAAAGGUCUUGAAACACCAUUCGAACUUUUUACAUUGCAGCCAAACGCCGUCACCUCUAUCGUCUGUUUAUCUGCGCCGCACCUCAUCCGAAAGGUGGCCGGCGUCGUUUCCUCGGGGGCCUCCACGUCGUUCAAGCACCUGGUCGCCAUUGGCGUGGCCUCUGUCCCCGUCGCCCUUUUGAUCCUCUUUGCGGAACGGCGGUUUCUCAUGCAGUGCUACAACUCGGCCCGCAGACCAAAGGCUGCUUCUUAG